GAAACCGUGGGCAGGUCGUGUCGUGUAGUCAUUAGUGUCGGUGGACUGCUCUGGGCAGCUCUCGCUUGCUGCAGCUGAGCACAGAAUUUCCAUUUCUGACACCUGCAGCAGGUUUUGUUUGUUUUGGGAGGCAUUUUGCCGCAAGAAAUAUAAUUAUUCAUCCCGUUGCCGCUCGUUACCGAAGUUUUCUUACGGCCACUGUGUGAUCUCUCGAGGAAUCAGCACUUGAAGGACGCGUUUUGACGUUGUCGUAAGAGAAAGUCAUUUUUAAAAGAGCAGAGCAACUGGUUAUUGUUGUAUAGCAGCCUGACCUGCUUGAAGCCAGCAGCAUCCCUUCAGCACCGCACAGUUGACCAAGCACAGCCGCGCGCACAGCACAGAAGAAAGGUUUACCUUUUGUCACGUUCCCUUUGCUAAUUACCCACAUCCAUCAAUCGUUUCCUCCCUCCGAGGGGGAGAAAGGAGUAGCCAAGACGAAGGGCCAACCACAGGACGCCAACCGCAACAACGUCCCGGCAAAGAUGAGGUACGAGGAUCCCUUCGACGUUGACGCCUUCAUCAACAACCUCCUCUUCCUGAAGAAGUACCCGGGGAAGAACAUCAGGAUGGAGGAGACACAAAUCAGGGCCCUGGUAGCAGCCGCACGCCAGAUCCUCCUGGAACAGCCGACUCUGGUCGAGCUGGAAGCGCCCGUGAACAUCAUAGGCGACAUCCACGGCCAGUUCAACGACCUACUUCGUCACUUCGACAAAUUGGGUUACCCUCCUGACCAGAACUAUCUCUUCCUCGGAGACUACGUUGAUAGAGGAAAGCAGUCGCUGGAGACCAUAUGUUUAGUGUUAGCAUACAAAGUGAAAUAUCCCAACAAUUUCUUUAUACUCCGUGGAAACCAUGAAUGCGCUUCUAUAAACAGAAUAUACGGGUUUUAUGACGAGUGCAAAAGACGGUACAACGUGAAGCUAUGGAAGACUUUCACAGACCUUUUCAACUGUCUGCCUCUCGCUGCACUGAUAGAAGGCACAAUCCUAUGUAUGCACGGUGGACUGUCGCCAGACCUGCAGAGCCUUGACCAGAUCCGCGCCAUAGAGAGGCCGCUGAAUGUUCCCGAAUCUGGGCUCGUGUGUGACAUUCUCUGGGCAGACCCCGACGAGGAAGUACGAGGUUGGGCGCCGAAUGACAGGGGCGUCUCCUGGACCUUCGGAGGCGACGUUUUAAAGGCCUUUCUGGAACACCAUGACUGCAGCCUCGUCGUCAGGGCGCAUCAGGUGGUUGAGGAUGGAUACCAGUUCUUCGAGAAGAGGUCCAUGGUGACGCUCUUCAGCGCGCCCAAUUACUGUGGCGAGUUCGACAACGCAGGCGCCGUCAUGGGCGUGAGCGAGGAUCUCACCUGCUGGUUCAACAUCUUACCCCCUGACCGUCGCCGCGUCUACAUCAAGAAAUGAGGAAGAAGCCUCCUGGCCAGAAUGAAAGAGAUUAUUUAUUGACUACGUUCUCCCCCAUCAGGAGAAACUGCACGAUUCGCUCAGUCCAAGCCAUAUUGGUUACCGUAGCCAGAGCCCAGUCACUCACUCUCUCUCUCUCUUCAUUUUCUUCGUACGACUUUCGCCUUACCAAGUUUGCCGCCGCCGCCGCUGCCGCUGCACUGCUGCUAUGAUUGUUAUCAUCAUUGUCAAUAUACAGUCAUUGUGUACCUGGGAAAUAGGUAUCUAUUCUUGUUGCUACGUAGGGCUUUAUUGAUAUGCUGCAUAUUAAUGUCCUUUCGGUGUAAAGUGCAUAGGGCUGUUAUGAAGGCAGCGUAUGCACACAAUCAGACUACUUACUGCACUGUCACAUUACACCCCUUGAUCACACAUUCUCUCCCUCUCUUCUCUUUUCUUACACUACCUCCCUCUUCAUCAUCUCGUGAAACUGUCUUCAAAACAAGCUAUGCUUCGCUUCCUCCAAAAACAACGGCUGGACGAGAGACCGAACAGUUCCCUAACUAGUCAACAUGUCGAGGAAAAGGCUGGAUGUACGAUAGAUUUUUAUCCGCUGUAACGUGUACGUGUGUCGUAACCCCUUUUGUGUCUUGCGGUAUUAUCUUACAAGAGAAAGAGAAGCGUUAGUGUGUUAGUAUGUUGAGGAGGCAGCAAUGCCAAGCCGGGGAUGAUUUCAGCGUGUGACGUAUAAAAGAUGUUCUCGCAACUGUGUGAGUGUGUUUUUGUACACAUGUAACAUGUUAGUGUUCAACUGCAAUGUACAUAUUAGCUAUUUAUGAAACACUUCAUACAACCAUCCAUGGGCCGUUUGAGAUGACCAACGCGUCUCCUGUAGAGAGUUACGGAGCUAUUUCUUGCUAUACGGCGUUUCUGUACUUCUCGUUGGCGAUGUUAUUUUGCAGCGUCUUUUUUCGAGCCUUUGAAACUGCACAUUCCUUUGUACUAUGUACGUCCCUCACCGUCCUCCAGCAUUGGGGAAGUGUAUGCCCGGAGAUAUUGGUUAUUAAUGAUAUUUUCUGACUGAGCAAUAAGUGAAAGUGUGUUAUGAUGCAGCAUAGGUGAUGUAAUUCGAGUAAUUUACAGGAAUAUUGUGAGAAAUUUACCGAGGGGCUACCUAGUACUAGUAAACAUGGCGUCCAACGGAACUAACACUUACAACCAUAAUAGUUGGUAAACACCUUAUACAUAUAUAAUAUAUAUAUAUAUAUAUAUAUAUAUAUAUAUAUAUAGUUAUAUAGUUCCGUUAGAAAAUGUCAUUAAUAAACAAUAUCUCCGUGAGAUCUUCCUUAAAGCUACCUUUUUUAAUCACGGAGCCUUCCAUCUUUUCUGGAGUCUGUUGCCUACAGAGAAUGAUUUGCAGAUGCCCAUCGUCGCUCAGCUCGGAAAAUCCACUCCUUUUUUUCUCCCUUUUUUCUGGUAGUUUCCUGUUUGGUAUAGAACUGUACUUUUUAGGGUUAAAACCUUCCUGCACCUCACUUGAUAAGUUUUAUCAGAUUCUGUCCUGAAAUCUUCCAUGUUGAAAUUUACACGCGUGAACUCACGUUUGAUGUUGACAAAGUCAUUGUAACCGUAACACAUUCCAUGGUUUCAGAGAAAUAUGAAUAAUUUCUCUUACUAAACAGUUUCCGGAUAUAUACUUAUACAUAUACAUAUUCAUACUACUGUCACAUAUCUGUGACUAUAAUUCGGGUAGCACAUCAGUGACUUCACUACAAUAAUAUUGAAGUUUCAAAAGUUUCAGACGUUGACAGUAAAUUCUAUAAUUAGUCUCAGUCCGAAUGUUUAUUAGCAUAAACACCAGAGAUACAAUAAACUGAACAUUGAGAGUUUAUGAUGAGCAAAUAAAUGAAUGGACUCUUUAGGAAGUCCUCAGAGAUGAAACAUGGAAGGAGGGAAUCCUUUUUUGCACCGCAUCCUACCUCUGUAGUUUUAGGUUCGUUUCAUCACCUCAGUAGUUCAAAAACUCUCUCUCUCUCUCUCUCUCUCUCUCUCUCUCUCUCUCUCUCUCUCUCUCUCUCUCUCUCUCAGGACUUCGUUUUAUGCAAUAGUGGCUUUUUCGAGAAAAGUUGGUCUAAUAAGGUCUUUUUAUUUUUAUCCAAGUGGUGUGUUUAGUUAUGAUCUGUUAGUGAUAAGUUUUACAGUAUUAUUAUUAUUACUAUAUUAUUUGGUAUUUUUGAAAUAGGAAGUUUUUAUCAAUGGCGAGAAACAGAUUGUAAACAAAAAAUGUCAUGCAUGAUGAUUGCAUUGCACCAUUUCACCACGUCAUUAUAUAAUAAAGGCAAAGUUUCAUACAUGUGAAAUAUUCAUUCAUUGCAUCACGAAAUUUAAAAAUAUCUCCUGUAAAAUUGAAAAGUUCAUCCAUUCCAUUAUUGUAAUAAGCGUAAAAAUUUAUAUAAAAAGAGUAUGAAAACUGAAAGUAUUUUCAUUACACUUGUUUAUAUUAGUCUUUUUAGUUGAACUUUCACUUAUUAGAAUAUAUACGUUUUUGUGCAAUUUUUUGCUUUUAUUUAUCAUAUAUGAAAUUGGUUCAUUUAUAGAUAAGACUUUAGCAAUAGGCCCUUGCAAAUCACGAGAGUACAAUCUCUUUGUUUUGUAUUGGUUGCAGACUUUUUACAAGAAUGAUGUACAGUAUUGCAUAAUAAAAGUACAAGUCAUAGUUA